AUGAAUGGAAAUCAUCAGCCUCGAGAUGAGCUCAAGGGUCCAAGAGUUUCGCAGUCUCGAUAUCAGUCCAGUCUUGGACUGCUCCGACAGAGUCUGCCUGACCCGAAUCUACGAGGCGGCCUGCAUCGUCCUCACUAUCCAUCGCCACUGUCCCAGUCGCCCUUGCAAGCCUCGAUAUCGUCCGCCUCCCAUACCGCAGCCUCCGUUGCGAGCUCGUCCCGAUCAACAAUCACAACGUCCACAACUCCUCCCUCCACCUCGUCUCGCUUUUCGAUCAAUCAGGCGUUCAAGAGUUUGACAGAGCAAGACAUCGAGUUCUUCGAUCGGCUCAUAUCCACCUUGCCAUCCCAUGCUUCCGACUUCUCCCAGCUCAAGUCGGCCUACACCGCCCAUUUGCCCGACGAGCUUGAUCGCCGACAACGCAGAGCUGGCAGCACGCAUCACACAACUCAGCUCGACUGGGAUGCGCAUCUCUGGUCUGUUUUGCUUAGUCUGGUCAAAGUGCGCGGUAAGAACUGGAGAGAGCGAUGGGACUCGGUCCGUCUUGCUUUUGGUCUCGAUCCGAACAGCGGCGAUGAGACAGACUUGGGUGCAUCCACGCAGAGCACUAGCACAAGCACAAGCGCAACAGCCAGCCCGACACAGGAGCAUGAUUCGCAUGAAUCCCUUGAAUCCCCUGAAUCGCAUCGACAGUUCUUGCCACACAAGCCAACCGCGCUAGCUCCGCCACACUCUUUUCCACCACAGCAGAUGCCAUCACAUCCAUCUUUUCGGCCUUCUCAAUACGAUCUUGGUCUUCCACGGUCAAGCAGUCCGCCUCCGAGGCAUCGUCAGACCGAUAAGUCAACAUCAAAGUCGGAAACGUUGCAUGAUGAUCCUGCCGACGAGCACGGAUCACAACUGUCGCAGUCGCCACCUCAUGGCCCCAUCUCUGCGAUACAGGCUCGUCUGAGGCGUUUGAUGCAGUCCGACGAACACGACAAUCCCGUCAACGCUGAGCCCUCGGAGCUUCAGUCGUCCAAUCAAGCAAGCUACGGUCGCCAUAUCGAUUUCUCAGGCAACGCUCUUCGGCUACCAAACGAUGCUAAGCGACGCUUCGACCAGCUCGUACAAUCCUCGCAAUCCGCCCGCGCUACGUUACGGCAGUCUCAACUGGCCGAGCAAGCGCGCCAAGAACUCAAUAUUUCGAGCCAACAACUACAAGCAGCAGACUUGUGGAGAGCACGUAAGCUGUUGCAGAAUUGCUUGGCAUGGUGGAUGACCCUAACUCGUCAACAGCUUGCAAAGAGUCAAAACGCAGCCGAUGCAAGUGCUCGCGUUCUCGUCGAAAAAUCCUUGCAACGAUGGAAAACGCAGGCGCAGAGCUCUCUGCAAUCUAGACGUGUUGGUGAGAAGACGGAUCGAGUUCGUUGUACCCUGACAGCAUUCCGAACAUGGAAGCGGCUCACCUUGACGGCCAGAGAGCGCCGGGAAGAUUCUAAGAAAGAUUCGAUGCGCGCCGCAUACUAUGCAACAACUUCAGCGGUCAAAAAGAGGUUGUUGAAAGACACCUUUCUGGCUUGGAAACAACAACACAUGCAGCGCUGUGCCGACACCGUCCGAAAACGACAUCUGCAGAGCGGUGCUUUCGCCUUGUGGCAACUGCGUUCAUCGCACAUCAAACAGCUUCAGUCCCGAGAAAACAUCUUCAAGGUCACCCAAAAUCACUCCAUCCUCUCACAGGCUUACGAGCGGUGGUCGGAUCGCUCAGAAAAGGUCAGGGCUUUGCGUCUUUUUCAACAUCACCGUGAUCGGCUCUUGAUCUUGCACUUGGUUCACACCUGGCGCCAACGCACGUUGCUCUGCGGGCUUUCGCGCGCAUUCAGUCAACGUCGGCUGAAACUCGCCGCUCUCGACAGCUGGAAGCAAUCUCUCGAGAAACAACAGCUGCGCCGCAAACAAGAGGCUUUCUCCAAUCGAUGGCGAACACGUCGGCUUAAACAAAAUGCCAUGGCUCUCUGGCUUCGACAGAAGCAAAAAGUUGAGAGAAUGCAACGUGAAGCUAUUGACAUGCAAGUUCACCUUCAAAAAGACAAAGUGGCUGAUCUCUUCCACCACUGGCAAGUGCGUUCACGUGCCGCUCUUUUCGAACGAGUUUGCGCAGCAGGCAUAUUGGAACGCACCUUUUCCCACUGGAAGCAUAGCUACACUGCAUUGACUAUCAGCUUGAACCAGCGCGAAUCUGCCAUCGUCCUUCGUCGUAACGAAAGCAUCAAAGUAGCCCAUUUCUUUCGAUGGAGACAACUUGCAAAGCAAAUACGCGACCGAGAAGCACACGCACAGGCGCACAGAAAGCAAUCGAUAUGUACCCGCUUCUUUCUCAUCUGGCGAAACAAACAGCUCCAGCAUCGUCUUGUUGGCCAAAAAUCGGAAGCUGUCUCUGACUACUUUACACUGCGCUCCACCUUGCACCAGUGGCAACAAAGGCUCCGCGAGCGCCGUGGCGAUGCCAGAGAGGCUGGUCAUAAUCGACGCCUUGUCGAGCAAGUCUUCGACAUCUGGAGAUCCAAGGCAGCCAAGCAACAACGUCUGGAAACCGUGUUGCAACAGUUUCUGGCACAGAGUAAUGGAAAGCUUGCUCGAAUGUACCUUGACCAAUGGGUCACCAAGAUCAUCGAGGUGCGAAACAGAGAGCUCGAAGUCAAAGAGCAGCGCGAGAAGCGCUUGCUCAAGGCGGCGUUCUAUGCGUGGAUCGAGGCUUGCCUGCGACACGAUGAUCUGCUGGCGCUCAUGAACAGCUACAUCGACGUCAAAGAGGAAGACAGCAAAAGGCUCAUCUUCCUGCACUGGCUUGAAUAUGCUCGCGAGCAAAAACAGAGACGGCACAAGGCAGAGACCCUAGCGAACUCGACACGAAUUAAAACGCUGGCUACUAUGUGGAGCGGCUGGCGGGACAAACUUAAGGAACGUGCACUAGCAUCUCAAGAAUACGAGAUGCUGGUGCGACGUCAGCAACUCUCACAACAAUGGGCACUGCAUGCAUGGCAAUCACGGACGCUGUUGCUUCCAGCCAUACGAAUGCGCAACACCUCGCUCAAGCGGAGCACUUUCCAACAAUGGCGACGAAACCUGCCUUGCGUUCAGAUGUCCAACCAGGCGACAAGUAUGGUUCGAAAGCGACUUGUGCAACAAAGCUGGCAAAUGUGGAAAGAAAACCUCAAGGCUCGGCGCCAGUUCCGCGCUGCAGCCAGAUUUGGUGCCGGAAGCAUCUCUGCACAACGUCUGCGCUCUUUGGCUUUAGCCGCGACUCGCUCCACGUUAUCUUCCUCUCCUUCUGCCCCACACUCUUGGUCUCCCACUCGGGCAAUGCCACCUGAAUGUUCAUCUCCUCACUCAGCCACACCUCUGCCGCGGCCGAGGACCAGCAUGGCUCUCCGUACUUCAGCGCCGACAAACAACCAAGCCCUUCCACUUCGUUCCGGGCGAUCCGGUCAAAGGGACCCAAGCUUCUCCCGACGAGCAACAUCGGUACCGCGACAUCUAGAAACGAGCUUCACGAGCGAGUCGAUUCAGUCUUCUCGCUUUCGAUCAGACGGUGGUGCGCUGAGGCCCGAAGCUGUAUCACCCUCCAAGGAAGCGAGUGCGCGAAGGGCAAGGAGUGCUGCUGCCGCGGUUUCGGCUACGCCCACCUCGAACAGUAUCAGUGAACAGAGUCGAUUCUCUUUGGCGAUGAAAUCUUCCACCUCUUCCAUCUCGGCCACGCAUGCACACGCACCACAAAGCGCACACGACGCUGUCUUGAAAAGUAGGCGUCAAACUCACACUGUCGACAAGGGACCGACGCUUUGCUCGGCGGCACAGAGGAGCUCUCUGCACGGCAACAAGCCAAGGAAUACCGACUCGGAUUUCGCAACAAGAGUCAAGCGAUCUGCAAAGUACGAGCGCUCGCAGUUCGAGAUACCAGACGCGCUAGAUUUUGAUCCGGCUGCCAGUGACGAUGGUCUGGAGUCGCGCAAUUCGGUUCAAUCUGCUCCUGCGCGAUCGACAGCGGUCGACACGUCGCGUACACCAAGAAAGUCGCUCGCCGUCGCCCAAGAUAUGAUCCUACAGUUGCGUGCGAAAGCGGCAUCUCGACAGCAACAGCAUCGUCUUGAAUGA